AACCACCAUUCUCCUGACUGCUUAGUAUUAAUUUGGGACCGUUUCACUAAAGUUGAUUAAAUAAAAUUGGCGAGAAGUUGAGGCGUAUAUAAAUACAGAGCAGUGGCGAAGCUGUUGCUGCUGCUGAAAACGAGAUUUGGGUGACUAAGGUCAAUGGUCAAUCUACUCUAUUUAGUUUGGACGUUUUUUGUAUUCAUCCUUCAAUUCGCAUUUAAUUUUUCGUCAGUUUAGGCUUUGGAUUGGUUGGUGAUGUGUCCACUUAAUAAAAAUUUGCUACUGUUAAACGUAGUUUUUUUUUGCCAAUCUGAUAUAUAUUCAAAUGCGGAGUAAUCAUAGAACCAUUUUUCUCCAACAACCAUCUCAGUCGUAGCAAUUGUGCUUUAAAUUCCCAGAUCAACAUUAUUAUUAUUAAUUUAAGUUGAAUUUGAGUCAGCUAAAUUAUUAAACCUAUUAUCAAGUGUAUUGUUGUGACUUAUUUAAUUGUGCAUUUAAACCAUAUAUUACUACGAGGGUUAGGUACUCCUGCAGCAGUAGUGAAAGUGUUGCGUGGACUCGAGCAGGAGCAAAAUAAUUCAUUACAUACACAAUGCAAUAUUAUUAAUAAACUUGAGAAAAUACGAGGCAUUGUCGAGAUUGACAUAAAUAAAAUCCUCUGCUUUCGUGUCUGGGAGCCACGUUUUAUACAAAUGAUUCAUCGCCUUCCCAGCAACUUCUCAUCAACGCAUAACGAGUGUGAUAUAACCGCAUAGAUUCUGCAUAUUGAGAUAUAACAGAACAUCACGAAUAACUACGUAAAGUUGGUAGAAUCCUCUCACAAAAGUAUUUAUUUUUUCAAGUGCAUUAUAAUAAAUACGUUGAGACAGUACAUACAAAUGCAUACAACAAGUGUCUCACCUGUUCAGUGUGUCAUCUGCUUCAGUAAUUACUAAAAAAAAUAGAUAAAACGAAGCCAAAAGUGGUAAGAAAAGCAACGAGCGUGGUGCAUCUUGAUAAUACACUGAAGAUGCCCGUUUAAGGUGCACACCUUACUUUUUUCAUGCCGUUGUUGUAUUUAUAAAACCCUCGUUCUGCAACUACAUGUUGCAAUCUUAAGAGAAGAAGCGAAUCCCGUUUCGUUAUCCUAGUGCUCACCUUUACCUUCUUGCCCAUGCAAACACUGGCAGUAAAUAAACACUACUUGAGCACGCGAUGAUGGUAUUCAGCCGUGUAGGAGAAGGAGUAAAGGAUUGUGCCCAAGUUUGCUAUUUAUCGUUUGCCGUUCAUGAAAUCACAUCAAGCGAGGAGUGCGGACUUUGAGAAGUUAGUUAGAUAAAUUGCAGAAGAAGACUUUAACGGCACGACACGCGAUUCUGUCUCAUUUUGCCAGCGUUCCUGAAAACCUGCGAGUUUUAUUAAGCAAGUGAUUUAAUAUUUCUUUGUUCUUGGUGGACGAGAUUGAGGAUUUUUAUUGAAUCCAUGCAGCCGAGCGUGGUUGUACGUAGAUCAGAUACACGGACACAUACGGAUCGGAGGCAUAGAGUUUGGCAGCAAUAAUAGAGACCAUUAUUGAGCUUUGUGUGUAGGAAAAGGGGGUCGAGAUAUAUUCGAGUAUAAUAUAUAUCACAUCUCUUAAAGAGCAGGCAUGUGCAGUGUGUUGUCCAAGUAUGGAAGGGUGUGUGUGGAUCGAUGAUUCCUCUAUUCCACGACUACGACUCCCUGUCCACCAAAAUAUUACGUUUUCACACAAAUUAACCCUUUUUCUUGAGUUUUAAACGUGACUUUAAUUAAAGUGUGUCGUGGGUGGUGCAAGUGGAGACAAAAGGUGUCCAAUUUGCCUCAUGGGGCAGCAUGGGAAAGGAUCAAGAGCUAAUUGAAGCAGCAAGAAAUGGUGAUUUCAACAUUGUGCAGAAAAUACUCAACUCCAGGGCGAAAAAAGGAACAUUUUCCAGUUUAAGACGAGGCCCUGGAGCAAAUGCUCAAGAUGCGAAUGGCUUUACUGCCCUUCACCACGCAGCUGUUAACCGUCACAAGGCGAUUGUGGAGUUGCUGUUGAGUCAUGAGGCGUCAACGAACAUUGUUGACCUGCAAGGGUCAUCUCCGCUGCAUUUGGCGGCCUGGAGCGGAAAUGAGGACAUUGUCAAACUUCUCCUCACGCAAGGACCAUCUGUGCCUGGACCCAAUGUCAACCUCAUGAACAAGUCCUCGGAGACUGCACUCCACAUGGCCGCACAAUUUGGACAUACCGAGGUGGUCAAACUGCUCUUGCAACACGGGUCAGAUCCUGUCAUAACGAAUGAGCGACAAACGCGACGUGAGACAGCUUUGGACCUGGCUGCACAAUACGGGAGAUUUGAGACUGUUCAACUGCUUCUUAAAUCACACCCCGAGCUACUAGCCUGCUACACCAAUGUGAGUACUACAAAACAACAAAUGUUUACUCACACGCCGCUACACUUGGCCUCCAGAAAUGGUCACAGGGCGGUGGUGGAAGCUUUAGUGAGAGCUGGAUUUGAUGCUAAUGCUCGCACUUCGCAAGGAACGGCACUCCACGAGGCAGCCCUGUGCGGAAAGGUGGACGUUGUUAAAACCUUGUUGGACGCUGGGAUCGACGUCUGUGUGGCUGACAGUCAAAGGCGGACGGCGGUGGACAGGUUGAACGAAGUCGGCCUCAAAACACCAGUCGCUAAAGAAAUAGCUGAGCUCAUUCGAAAUGCCCUCAAGAAGAAGUACAGCUCACAACCGAAAAACAGCUCUCCACUCUGCUCGCCAUGGGAAAGUGGGCCCCCCGUUAACAACAAGGAUGGCAAACUUCCUUUGAGUCAAAUAUACGAUAAUCACUCAUACAGCGAGGCCGAGACGAAGCUGCCAAGAUACUCUCCGCACCACUCGCCCAAACCCAACACUUUCGUCAGAGGCAAGACUCGCAGAUCGAUGGAUGUGAAUAUGGGAAAGGGACCUGAUUUUGAAAAGCCCAUAAGCACGCCACCAAAGAAACCUCCACGACGAAAUCUUUCAGCUUCUCCAACACACCCAGAUUUUGGAGGGGAUCAUGCCGAGUUAAUGAUCAUAGGAAGAAACAAGUCACUGGACGAAGGAGUGUACAGUGACCGAUGGAGGAAGAGUUUAACCACGUACGAUACUAGUCAGUCCACCGAGUCGAUCGACCUUUCCCCGGUGGAAACUCACAAACAUAACAACUCCGGUGCCAAAAGUGACAACUCAAACUCGUCUUCCGCUGUGUUCAAUGGGGGGAUGACUACUUCGGACGAGCUGAGCCUGAGAAAGACCAAGUCGAAAUCGCAACAUUUAGGAUUAGACAGUAGCCAGUUCGUGUCCGUGGCUCAUAUUCGACUUCGAGAUGCCAAGAGUGAGCAGAAUGUUAGUCCGUUGGGAUUGACCACGAAAGAAAGUUUCGAUGACUUGGACCACAUCGAUGACGACUUUCACCAUUCGCACCACAUGGCAAACUCUCAUGGUAUCAAUCAUUAUGCGGUCAUCCGACACCCAAAACCGGUUGCCAAUCAUCAAGGGUUGCCUGGAUCAGAGGAUAAGAAAAUCCGUACCUUGUCCAGAGGACCAAAACCAGCCAUCGCUCCUAAACCCACGAUUCCACCUAAACCCAAAAAUAUUAAAAGGCAGAUGCACUCUUACGAUAAUGUGAUUGACGAAAAUAAGAGCAAAACCCCGGCACAGCGUAGAACCACGCCUAAGUCAACCUCCAUGUCCAUCCUAAGUCCAGUCGACGUAGAUCAAGAGUGGGAAAACAUCACAUUGUUUAUGGACUCAUUUAAUGGCAAAGACGGGGAAAGUGGUGAGGUAACGAAUACAUACGGAUUGAGCCCCCUUGGCAAAUGGCUGGCUCCGAUUAGAAUGACGGAGUACGAGCAACUCUUAGCUUCGAGUGGGUUUGAUGAUGUGCAAUUUUUGGGUGCCGAUAUUUUGGAUGAAACCUGCCUCCUUGAAAUUGGCAUGUUAAAUGCUCAACACAGAAAAAUAGUGGCUGCUAGAGCUCAUUUGACGGAUGUAAAAUGGCCACCACGUGUCGAAGGCAUUCCGAAACUACAACCUGGUUGUGAAACGCCUGCAUCUGUUGACCAAUGGUUGAAAGAUUUACACUUGGAAAAAUAUGUGCCAACAUUUCGCAAAAACAUGUACCGAGAUCCUACGCGAUUGGCGAAACUUUGCAAUGACGAGCUAAUCACCCUGUUGGAAAUUGAUUUGCUGGGCCACCGUCGAAGAAUUUUGGCUGCUGCGAAUAGAAUAUUAGUCUCCAACGGCGUUGGCGGACGUGGUGGCGGUGGUGGUGGUGGUAUCAAUCGAAACGGGAGUUGUGGAAUUCAGACGACGUCCAGUAGUUCCAGAUUUGAGAAUGGCGUUGGAGUGGAUGAGCUGGAAGAUGGCUCAUUACCUCUCCGUGAUCCGAAUCAUCUCGUAUCCGGUGUGUCCUCUGCUUUGAAGACGGCUUGGCGACAUUCGCCGGAAACACUUAUUGACGGGAGUGUCACGUACAAAGCCAUUUACGUCGGAUCCAGUCAGGUGCACGAGUUCUCGACCACAGAUGCGAUUCAAAAGGCCAUCCAAGAAAUUCGCAGCAAAGAGAUCUCUAACAAGUCAAAGACCGUAAUGAUGGCGGUGGGAAGUGCCAGUGCGGGUAGCGUGCUUCUGCUCAACACCCAGGUCACUUUAAUUGUCUCCGCUUCAGUGGUCAGUUGGUACAAUGCAAAGACAAAGAAUCUGAUCAAAGAGCAAGAUAUCAGAAGCAUUCAGUGCACUUGCCAAGCUUCCGAUGAUCUCAGACAUUUGGCCCUCGUUACACGGACUCCCGACACGAAUGACAAAAGUCAUUCCUGUCAUGUUUUCCUCCUCGACUCCGUGGAAUUGGCCACCGAAGCUAUUCUCACAUUGGGGCAAGCAUUUGAAGUGGCGUAUCAGCUCGCAUUAGGGAGCAAUACGCAGAGCCGAGACAACAAGGGUCACAUGAGGUCUAAAUCUGCAAACCAACUCAGCACCAAGGCCGCACCUCCACCCUCCUCGUCCUCUUCGUCAUCUUCAAGUCCUACCUCCAAGCUGAAACAGAGGGACAAAGGGUUCAACAAUAAUGUGACCAACAACAACAACAGCCACCACUGCAGGUCUCUGUCUGUAGAUGAGAUUCCACCACCACCCAAUCUCGGAAUUUCUAAAUCCUCCUCUAAUUCGCCCCAAAUUGAUCCUCAUCUCAAGAAAGAUUACCAGUUCCCUCGAGCCGAGUCCUUUAGCUUCAGCUCGAACUCUAAUCUCACCCGAGCUCCAAUUGUCUGUCCAAUUGUCUCAAAAGAGGAACUUUGAUCCCAGGGACUAAGUCGGGGGUAAUUUAGGAGUGGGACGAAGACGGGGGCGAAGGAUGACGAUGCGCCACUGCUACUAAACAACUCUACUCCUAAACGCUUUAAAACUGCAACUGAUAAGGUAUUAACUUGAACCAUUACUACCGAGGCAAUGCCUACCGAAAACUUUUGUUCUUCAUUACGUAUGGAAAUUCUGUCUCACUCGAGUUAUUAUAACGCGAAUUAUUACUAUUCUCAAACUUUAAGCAACAUUUGGCUCAAAAUAUCACCUUACGACAGACAAAAUUAUAUAGUUUAUUUACUUGAUUGAUUGAAGCAUGCUCAUGUUUUUGACCAACUCCUCUUUACAAAUAAGAUUGUAACACGACAUACUCAUAUAAUUUUGCGUCCACAUUUUUGAUGCAAUAUUUAAAGAUGACGAAUUGAUGGGCAGAAACCUCAAGUUUUAGUUGUUAUCGCCCGGUAGUACAUACAUAAGUGCAUACGGAUGGUGGCGGAUGAUGGUGAGGUGGUAAAAAUCUCACAUUUUCUCACUCAUAAUAGAUACACUCACUCACUCAGGCGUACCUUCUUUUCAAGAUUGAAGAUUGAACGAGAAAUGUUUUACGGCGAUGAAAUGAAGCACGUCUCUGGCAGAAUGGGUCUUUAUUUAUGAAAUUAGCAAAUUACUAAAUAAUAACCAGCUAAAAAAAAUUACACGUAUUUAUAUCGUACGCGACUCCAAAGGUGCUAGACGCACGAGAGGAUCGAUCUAAAUAAUCGAGCAAUUACACGUUACCAAAGUCGUUGAUAGUCAAUAUUCGGUAGAUUUGUGCAUCUCAUAUUUCCGUGUUGUGACGUAAAAAGUAUUUAAAAAAUUCCUUCAUCAUCACCUAUUGUUCAUCGUAAUAAUCGUUGUUGUGCAUGGCUUCCGUCAGACAGUAAAACUAAAUUUGUCAUUCAAAAGUGCAUUCACUGCGGGAUAAUAUGAAUAAGAAAAAGAGAUUGGAAACUAUAAAUUAUUUAACUAAUUAUUGUUAUUAUUAUGCGUACAUUUUUCUACUAUUUGUGUUUUUCCAUUUCAUUGAAGCUGUGACGAUUAAUAAUUUUUAAGGAUAACUAGAACGUUCGUAACCAGAAGGCUGUAGUGGAGGAUGAAGAGGAACAGAUAUAUGUAGUUAGUUAGUUAAUUAGUUAUGUUAAUUGUUGUUGUACCUACAACUUUUCCAAAAAGAAACUUCACUUUCUCCAUUUGUAAUCCACUCCAAGGGUUCAAAAGAAAUCGAGUUGCUCAAGGAGGACCUAAGGAAUGAAAUUAGUAGAUUUUUCUAUAAUGUGGAACAACCUUUCACGUAUUUCUAAACCUGUGCACCACGAAGUAAAAACCUAUUCUCUCACACACACAGAACUUUCUCCUUCUAAUUUCCUGCAUUAUUUUUCUUGUUGCACUUUGAUAAAUUCCUGAUAUGAUGUCGCAUGUAAAAAUAGUAAAGUGUGGUUCAAGGGAAGCAUAUAUUGGAACAGCAACAUCGAUAUACUGUGUAGACGGCCUAAAAAACUAUGUAAUAAUUUGCGUAAUAAUGGUAAAAAUAGGUUAGGACUUUAAGUAGAAGUUUAUGCUUGACGGUGCUCCUAUAGUUGUGAUGAUGAAUUAAGACUUAUUGGUAGCUCUGUUGGAUUGAAAUUAUUUCAAGUUUCAUUAUCAUCUUCUUCCUCGGUCUAGAUGAAACCAUUGCUGGAGAAAAUAGGACUAUAGAGAGAAAGCUACGGUAAAUUAUUACGGUCAGUGAACAUUUGUGUAUAUUUGUGAACUCAUCACCAUAAAUAAGUUGUGUUUGGACUAAUUAGUUAAUAGGCAAUGCGAGUAUCAAAAAAGUUUUAAUAAGUUUUACUCCUUGGAUAUUUUCCCAGGAAAAUUAUACCAUUCGAAUUAACACGAUAUAUUCUGAAUCUGGAUGCAGUUUAGGAAGAAAGGAAAAUUUUAUACUGAUUGCUCAGUUGCUGAACCUAAUCAAAAAUAUGAUAGAGUCAAAUUAACAGCCCAAACUUUUCCACCUGGCAUAAGUAUGUAUGUAGCUCAAUUUAAUUUGUGUGCGUGAGGGUUACAGCAGUUAACAGUUAAUAAUGCAACGUAUAACCUUCCGAUAAAUACCUAUAGCUACACAAAUAAAUAGUAACAAUCAUCCGGAAAAGGGAGCAUCUUUAUUUUAUUUACUGCAACUGCAACUAUAAUUAUGGGUAUUUUAUUAUUAUUAUAAUGCAUGUUCAUAUAAAUAGAUCUGUUUUUUUAUUUUAAUCGAUUACAAUAACGCAUAAUGCAUGAACUGCUUAGAAGUAAAUACUACGUUUAGAUAAUGUUAUGCUCAUUGUUAAACUCAGAUUUACUAUUAUGAUAUAAUACAAUAUAUAUGUCUGAAAGGUGCAGAAUUUACUUAUUACAUAUUGUAAUUAUUCCGCUGAUGAUGAGUGUACCCUCUGAGAUUAAGAAAUAUAUAGUGACUGCUAGUUACAUACAUACAUAAAUGCAUACAUCAUGAUUAAAGAAGGUUUGUUUUCUAAAUGUAGUGGAGGAUAAAGUUCACUUGUUUAGUAUUUAAUUUUUUCCCCAAUUUUUAAUAAGAAUCACAUCUUUUAAACAGAAACUUGAAUUUUUUGAUUUAACGGUAACAACUUAUCAAGAUGGAUUACAGCCAGUCACGCAUAAUUCUAAUAGCUCUAUUUAGCAGGAUAAAUCUUCAAUUUAGGACUUAUUUUUAAGCAAAUGGGAAAAAUGUCUUUCUGUAGCACGAAACUGUUACGCAUUGUUGUACUCUCAGAAUAAUGUUUACUGGAAACUGAUCAACUUUAUAAAUGUCAUCACAUUCUUCAAAAAAUCUCGUAUUUCUACUUGUUCGCAUAUUGGUAAUUUUAUAAUGUUAAUUCGUUUAUGGUUGUCAUCAAGUGAUGUAGUAGCGAAUCAAAGGCCUAUAGCUGGCGUGUUGAAUUUAACCUAAAUACAUAUGUAGAAGGAGGACAUGGAAAUGUCAAGUCAGACUAACUUGUGGCAAUAUUGACCAAAAAUAUUGCUUAUAUAAUUUAUGCAAACCAUUUUUUUGUAACUUAAUUUAGGUGUAUGCUAUUGUUUAAUUUAUUAUUGUAUCCAGUCAAGAAUUCCUUCAACCGUGACAAUUUUAUAGCUAAUUUGUAUUACAUAUACUUGUCGAAAUGAUAUUCCUAUACACAUUCCUAUUAUGUUAUUCACUAAAUUAGAGGUAUUGUCAGAGAGUACAUACGAUUGUUAGAAUAUUAUAGAAUAUUCCGCAACUAAACAUACACAUACUUAUGUAGCUAAGAGUACGUAGAUUAAUUUUUUGCAACAGUUGAAACUUUAAGUCCGAGAAAAACUUUUAUUCUGUAGACAAAAGUCCGCAGCUUCUGUUUAAUUAUUUACACUCUCAACAUCGAAAGUUACUUUUUACAAAAAACUUCUUUGUGCUGUGCUAAAAACUAUUACGUUCGUAUCCACCAACAGAGAUAUACUGCUUUGUGAUAUGCUUUAUUAUUGAAAUUAUUAUGCAAUAAUAAACAGCAUAUUAUGAAAAGAUAGUAAAGUUUUAAAA